AUUAACUGGUGAUGAAUUAGACAGGAGCCAUUGGCCAGAUUGGGACUUCCGGAUGUCAAAUGGCUUGUGGAACAUCGCCUAAUGUUGGGCUUUACGUGACAGGCGGACGAUCAAGUGAUGAGUCAACAGAUAAUACCAUCUUGGAAUGCAGAGUUUGCAAUGAAGUAUUCCGUUUCCAAGGUGACAAAGUCCCUCGACUUUUAGUCUGUGGUCACACUGUUUGUCACCAAUGCCUGACACGAAUUCCUCUCAAUGGCAAUGCACUCCACUGUCCAUUCGAUCGACAACCAACUGAGAUUGGAGAUUCCGGUGUCUGGGGUUUGAAGAAAAACUUUGCUCUUCUUGAACUCUUAGAAAAACUCAAAUACCCAGUUGCAAGUCAUACUAGCAAGACAACUUUCUCGGAGGAAAGCUUAGCCAAAGAGAGACAAUUUGGAAUUGCUUGUGACGAGAAUGAACUCCAUACAGCAAUUGUCUUCUGUGUUGUUUGCUGCACCCAUUUAUGUGUGGAGUGCUCAGAACAGACUCACUCUACAAGAACCCUCACUAAACACAAAAGAGUUCCAAUAUCAGAAAAACCCAGAGAGAAUCCGAAGUGUGCAUUCCACCCAAUGCAUCUAGUGGAGUUUGCUUGUCUGGAGGAGGAAUGUAAAAACUCACCACUGAUGUGUUACAUCUGUAAAGAUUAUGGAAGACAUGUCAAACACAGGCACACUCUCCUGGAGACAGAGGCAGAGAAUGUACGACGAUCCAUUACCAGUGCUGUCAUUCACAUCCGAUCUUUUGGAGAGGAAGUUGCCGAAUCAGCCAGGAAGCUGGGUCAAACCAUUCAACAGGUGGAAGGGGGUGCACAGUUAGUUCAGAAUGAUGAUGGAACCAGUGGUGUUCAAGGGGUUCAGGGAACAGCAGAACUUGCCAGAGAAAAAAUCAAGUCCCAUUUUGAUGAGCUCCGUACAGCUCUGAAUCGACAGGAAGUGAUUGCUUUCACCACGGUGGAUGCUCACAUCCGAGAGAAGUUGUGUAUGUUGAGGCAGCAGCAGGAGGACAUGGCUACACUCUUGUCACAGGUGUCUGCCGUCUGUCACCAGUGUGAGGGAACGCUACAACAGGAUGACACCAAAGUCUUGCUGGCAAAACAUGAUGUACAGACAUUACUUGACACUAUACAGAAACAACAACAACAGUUCUCAGACAUACCAGACCAACUGCCAUUAGAUCCCAACAUUCCGAUUACAUUUACCAAGGACAACCGAGUUCACAUAGGACCAAAAAUUGAGAUGCGGGUUGUGAUUUUAGGCUUGGAUGAAGCAGGAAAGACCAGCAUUUUAUUCAAACUUAAGGAGAAUGAAUUCAUCACCACCAUACCUACCAUAGGGUUUAAUGUGGAGACUGUGGAAUAUAAAAAUGUUAAGUUUACAAUCUGGGAUGUCGGAGGACAACAGAAGAUCCGUCCUCUUUGGAAGCACUACUUCUUCAAUACUCAAGCUGUCAUUUUUGUGGUAGAUAGCAGUAACAGAGAACGUCUUGCUGAGUCUUUCAAUGAGCUCGCUAAACUUGUCCAAGAAAAGGAGCUCAAAGAAGCCUCAUUACUCAUUUUUGCCAAUAAACAGGAUGUGGAAACGUGUGUGAGCAUAGAGUCAAUCACAGGGAACUUUGGUCUUUUUAAGUUGUGCUGUAAUCGUAGUUGGCACAUCCAAGCAUGUGACGCAAAGAGUGGCUUUGGGCUCCAAGAUGGCAUCGAGUGGUUGUCACGUCAGAUGGUUGCGGCAGGGGCACCAGAGUAUGCUUAGUGUAACUUUUAAUCAGUGACUUUUGUUAUGUAUACAGUUGUUGGUAUUUUUAGUUUCUUAUUAUUGCUUGUUUUUAUUUAUGUAUAAAUAAAAGUUAUCAGAAAUUUU